UCCCGUCCCAUCCCAUCCCGUCCCAUCCCGCUCCAGCCGCCGGGCCCGCACCAUGCGGCGGGCGCGGGCGCUGCGCCGCCGCGGAGCGCUGCUCGCCUGCCUCUCCUUGGGGACGCUGCUGGCCCUCGCCGACGCCAAGGGUGCCUUCUACCCCCCCGCCGCCCCCCUGCCCUACGGCGGCAGGUACAGCCUCUACACAGCCGGCUCCAGCCCGCAGCUCGGCCCCGGCAAGCCCGUGGGCAAGCACAAGAGCUACUGUGCCUACGUGGUGCAGCGCAACGUGACGUGCACGCUGCAGGACGGGGCCGAGAGCUACGUCAAGGCUGAGUACCACAAGUGCAGCUGGGGACCCAAGUGCCCAGGGAAAGUGCUGUACCGCACCUUCUUCAGGCCCAAAUACAAGAUUGGGUACAAGACAGUGACCGAGCUGUCCUGGAGGUGCUGCCCAGGCUUCAUGGGAGAAGGGUGCCAUGACAGCCCAACAGACCAGCCUGGCCUUCUGCCCCAGCAUCCCAGCCCUAAAAUACCCCCUGGGCAGAAGAUGUUUCCAAUGCCCAGACUUCCUCCCUAUCCCAAAAGCCACCCCGACUUGUUUCCAGGACCAAAGAAGAAUCAAUAUGGCAGGAAGCUGCCCGGCCUCUUCGGGGACCGCCUGGAUCGGCUGGAAGAGGAGGUGAGGCGCCUUUCCCAGUCCUACGACAGCCUGCACACCAUGGUGAGCGGGCUGGGGGACCGCCUGAGGUUGGCCAUCCAGGAGGACACCACCAAGAUGAUCGGCUCCCUGAUGAACAGCCCGGGCACGCCAGACUCAUCCGUGGGCUUCGGCAUCAUUCCCGACGGGCUGGUGGAUGUGGCAGACAAAGCCGACGUCGCCACGUACCCUCCCGUAGGGGAGAUCCUGACCAAAGUGACCGAGGUGAGCGACGUGCUGAAAACCAAGGCAGACCUACUGCACGAGGUCCAGGGCAUGGUCCUGGACCACGACGGGCAGAUCAAGCACCUGCUGGAAUCCGCCCGGCCCUCGCCCCUCACGUCCAUCGACCUGCUGGAGGAGUAUGUGGACACGAGGCUGAGCAACCUGCGUGGAGAGCUGCUCGAUGGCUUUGAGAAGAAGCUGGGCAAGAUCCAGACCACGUGUGAUUUCCGCAUCCAAGAGGUGCGGCAGCAGUGCGAGGAGGAGAAAGCUGCCAACCUGCGGCUGCAGCAGACGCUGGAUGGGAAGGAGCUGGAGAUCAAGAAAGAGAUCUCUCAGCUGGAGACCCAAAUCCAAGGGCUGACGGUAGUGGAGAGCUGCUGCAGCAACCUGGACUACCUCACCGAUCGAAUGAACAUCCUCGAGAAAGGCCUUCACAGCAUCUCCGAGUCCCAGAAGAAUCUGCACUCACGCCUGGAUGGAGAAAUCUCCACUGUCACCCUAGGGAACCUCUUUGAAGGGCGCUUUGAGGAUCUGGAAGCCAGGCUCAAUGCUACAGAGAGGGAAACUGGGAGCUGCUGCUCUGGUAUAGAGGACAGCAUGAAAGACACAGUGGUGGCAGAGGUGGAUGGCAUGAGGACUGCCUUUGAAGACAAAAUGCAGACCCUGGAGGACAGGUUCAUGACCAUCGUGGGGGAGCUGAACAAUGUCAGUUCUCCCAUGGGCAUGGACGGAGCAGUGGUGCCUGUGCUGGAAGGGGAGCUUGCCAGCAUGAGGAAACGGACAGAUGAGGCACUGGAGGUGUUGCAGAAUCGCCUCAUCACGCUGGAGAGCACCUGCUCCCUGGGCUGCACCUCUGCCUCCAAAGAUGUGGAGACCUUUCGGACGGAGAUCGAGGACUGCCAGAACAAGAACCAGGACCUGCUCCUCCGGAUGGACAGCAAUUAUGACCUCCUGCGCAAGCUGAACGCCACCAUCCUGGAGAUCCAGCGGCGAAUCGAGGAGGAAGCAUCGGGAGCUUUGCAAGGGGAGAUCACCUUGCUAAAGAUCAACCUGAACACUGUGAGCAAGUCUCUGACGGGGCUCAAGAACUCCGUCUCCCAGUACUCAGACACCGUAACACAUGUCAACUCCUCACUAGAUGAGCACGAGCGGAAGAUUGAGGAUGAGGUCCACUCCAUCCAGGAGAAAGUCAACGACCAAGGUUCCCAGCUUUUCUUCAGCAACCGCCGUGUCCUGAACCUCAAGGGAGACCUGGAGCGACUCAAAGCCAGGAUUGUCAGCGACCUGAGCUCCUGCAAGAACGUGGCCCGCGGCCUGCAGCAGGAGGUCUCUCACUUUGACGAGCGGGUGGCGCGGGUGGAGAGCGCCUGCGGCAGGCUGGGGGCCAUCACCGGCAGCCUGGACGACAUCAGGGAGGAACUGGAGAAACACACGGGCAGUCUGUGGGAAUACAUGGACCACAUGAACGGGACGCUGGCUGCCCACUCUCAGGAAAUAACGGGACUGAAGGACAACUUGCUUGACUGCCAAGCCAAGGUCUCUGAGCUGGCGGAACAGGUCGGGCACUUGGAGGAGAAGGCGGAGAGGAGGCAGCAUUAGCCACACUGCCAUGCCACGUGUCUUCCUUCUCCUGCUGUGAAGGACAGGAUUAAAUUAUAUCACACAGACUCGCUCCAAUGUGACAACAGUUCUUGGGAUAAUUUUUUUAUGAAAAGCUGCUACAUUUUUUCCCCCCUAAUCUUGUUGGUCCCACUUCUCCUUAACUCCACCAUGCUGGUGCUCCCCUCCUGAUGCUCAGCAACUGUCCUCACCCUGGCGCAGCAGUGUCACUCCUUCCUGGCUGGGGGUAUUUCUUUGGGUCCUGGGCUGAUGACCCAAGAAGGACAAUUCAAGAGUAAGCUGGAGGCAGAAACUUUUUUUUUUUUUCAUUUUAUUUUUGUGGAUUUAUCAUUUCUUGAAGAAUAAAACCCUUUAGUUAUCAGCUGAGGAAUAGUUUCUCUGAGCUAAAGACCACCUGCAUCUUAAUCCAGAGACUGAGUAGAGCCAGGGCUCCUUGCAGGGAACAAAACUCACCACAGGAAUUGUUGAUUUCAAAGAACACACGUAUUCACACGUCCCUCCGGGAACUGGCUUCCCUUCUCCGAGAUGGCAGCCCUCCUUGUGUAUGGUAAAUCCAUUUAUAAUGCUCCCUCCUCCAUGUAGAUGCAUAUGCCUUAUGGAGCAUAUGAGGGUUUGCAUUAGGAAAACACAUAUGCAUAUAUAUAUAUGGUAUGUGUAUGUAUAUUUUUGAACAAUCCUGUGUCAUAGUGCCUAUCUGCUUCCAGUUUCCUAAUGCUGCCCCCAUGUCCUUUGCCAUAUUCCAAAGACCCACACUGAGCAGCCAAAAGCUGUGGCAGCAGUGUUUGGAGAGAGCCCCAUGGUUCUGGGGGCUGCUGUGCUUUGCAAUCCCACUUUGCUGGGCUCUGGUUACACCCGGGGCUGACAUGAUGGUUAUGGAAAACACGUGUCUUCCCUGAGGAGAGCUGUGUCCAUAGGUCUCUGCAGAGAUCAAGCUGGGCACAGAGCAGUCCUGUCCUGCAGCUCUGGCUCUCUCCUGUUCAAUUGCUUAAGCUGUGAACUCCAUCAUCUCAUCCCAGGCAGGGGAGUUACAGCUGCUCCAGGCUGGGAGUGCAGCAGUGGAGGAGCAGGAGCCUGUGUCCUCAUCAUGCUCUUCUGAUCCCACCAGGAUGCCAGCAGCCCUGGGACCAAUACCAAUGUGGAACAAGGCAGGGCAUCUGUGAGAACACCUCUGGAGACCUGUCCUCAGCUCAGAAUGAAAAACUCACAUAAUUUACCCAGGUUGAUUUACUCUGGUUUCCUACAAAUAAACAGGCUGGAAAACAUUGUCUGUGUUCCCGAACAGCUCCAGCCUUGCCCUACAGAGCUGUUGCACACAGAAUCCACCUCUCCCCAGGAGCCCACCGUGGGCACCCUCCGCUGAUCAGCCAAUGGGGACUUCAUUACUGGGAUGAGGAGGAAAUUAAAGAGCCUCCAUCCAAGCAACUCUGGCACUUUAUAGCAGAGGAGCAUACUUUUCUCUCAGAAUUGUAGCUCAUGAAGCCUUCCACACCAGCCAGCCUUUGGCUCUCACACAGUGCCUGUCACCCUCACCAGGCUGUCCCUGUUCUUCUGCACCAUGAUUCCCUCCUUUAUCCCCCAUGAUCGCAUAAAGGAGCAGCUCUGUGCUCUGACUAGCACAAACCAGCAGCAGCUCCCAGCAGAGAUGCUUCUGUGUGGUGGUGUGUGUUUUGUAGGAUUUCACAAAGUUUUAUUAUAUGCAUUAGGAGUUUAAUGCUAGCAAGUUUUGGUUGGUAUUGUUCCUUGUGCCCCCCAUUCCUUCCCCUCACAAUGGUUUUUCCCAGGUUGUUCACUCCUAAGUUUUCCCACCGCUCGGCUGUCCCUCAGAGUGCCAAUCUCCCUGUUCCUCCCCUCUUACCCUUAAAUAGAUGUGUCAAUCCAGGUUGUGCUGCCCACCUCCCCGUCUGUCACUGUAGCCACCCCCAUUUGGUUCUGGAAGGUUCCCUGUCAGUCACCCAUGUUGUCAUAGCUGGCUGGUCCCCGAGGCUUCUCCCCUCUUCUGUCUUUUCCCCAAUGGUUGUAAAUCCAUGAUGUGAUUCUCCUGUAAUCUGUCUCCAUUGGUAUCCCAUGUUGCCACCCCUUCACAAAUUGUAGCCAGAUCCCAUUUUCCUUGGCACUUGUCCCUGCCUUGUCGCUGGAAUGAAGUCUCCACAGACUUCACACAAGUGUCUUCUCCUUUAUCCCUUUACCUUGGCUCCUCGUAGCCCACACCGCUGUACACACUGCCCUCUGGUAAUCCCAGUGCAGACCAGGGGCAGCCACUCUCCUAACCCUCACUGGCCACACCGGGGAAUUGCGAGCUGGCACCUUGACACCCAGUGGCUGCACAGAAGGUGUUACACAUCUGGGCACUUCUUCUCUCCCAGAAAAUCUGGGUGAGCUCCCUUAAACAUGCUUCUAGGGAAGCUAGGGAGUACCACAGGGAUCACUGAGCCCUGUAGCCACACCAUGUUCCCCUGAGGCAGUAAAAGCUCAGUCCCCUUCCAGAGGAGCAUGAUCUGUGGGAGCAUAAAGAGGACACAUGGCCCCCCCAUCACUUGCCCAGCCCUGCCAGCUCACAGCACCAGAAUUCACUCUCACUGCUCUGGGCUUUGCUGAUUUGGAGCUACCCUCCAGCUGCUGAGACACUUCUCCAGCUGAGGAACAACCUCCUGCUGCCAUUGGGCAUCCUGCAAAACCUGCCCUUUGACAACAAAACCUAUUCUUUUCCUCCAGCCUAAGGAAGGAGUCUCAAGCCAACCCUGAGUGCUUUGUGCAGGAGGAGCAUCCUGCCUAAGCCCCUUUUCCAUCCCCUCACACCAAGGAGAAAACCAAAGAGGAAACCAAGCCAAGGGCCAGGCUCCCUGUUCCCCAGCCAGGGCUGGAUUAGAGUGGCUGAACAGGAACAACUUCCCCAGAAAAGAGGGAGCCAGGACUGGCCAUAACAGAACUAGGACAAGGAAGAAGUCUGACCUUCUGGAAAAUGGUGCUAUAUUUGGACUAUUCCUGACUAGUCACUUGAAGCUAUGGACAGUUUGUUAUUUUCAGUUCUCAGCUAUUCAUGUUUCAAAAGUGAAAGGAACUUUGUAAAAAAAUGGGCAUUUUUUAAAAAUUGCUUGCAGAGUAAGGAAUUGCUGGCCAUGGGAUUGUCCUUGCAUGGGCAGCUUCCUGAGGCAGUUGAUAACUGAUCCUGUUAAAAGACUGUGUUCUGUUGUUUUUAAAAUCAUGUCUAUUUGUUCAGAUUUUAAAAGCUGAAAAACUGUUUGUACUGGAAAGGAAAAAAAUAAAGUAUUUCUUGCUGA